UGAGCCGUUCGCGUAUGUCCUGUGCGCGUUCCCGGUUUGGAGAGGUCCGUGCCAUGUCCACCCGCCUAGGGGAAAAGGUGCUUUGUUUCUCAAAGCUAUAAUUCAAGAAAACUGACUAAAUGUAUCGAUGAGCGAUCAGCCAUAAAGGCCAAGCCCAGACAACCAGAACUCUGGUCUGAUCAGAACCCCUUUCUCUCCCCCUGUUGCCGACUCCCGACGCCCUGGGACCCGUCGUCGCCAUGGAGACGGUGGUGAUCGUGGCCAUUGGGGUGCUGGCCACCAUCUUCCUGGCCUCCUUCAUUGCCCUGGUGGUGGUGUGUCGACACCGCUACUGCCACCCCCACCACCUGCUGCACCACUUCAACUCCAAGUCCAAUGGACUGACCUGCUGGUUUGAAGCUAUAAAUCUAUGGAUUGAACAGAGCGACUUCACAGCACUAAGACCCAAUGUUGACCUGAUCGGUGCCAUGGAAACCCAGAGUGAGCCGUCUGAGCUGGAGCUGGACGACGUGGUCAUCACCAACCCUCACAUCGAGGCCAUCCUGGAGAACGAGGACUGGAUCGAGGACGCCUCUGGCUUGGUUUCGCAUUGUAUAUCCAUCUUAAAGAUCUGCCACACCCUGACUGAAAAGCUGGUUGCCAUGACAAUGGGCUCAGGCGCUAAGGUGAAAGCCCCAGCCAGCCUCAGUGACAUCAUCACUGUGGCUAAACGCAUCAGUCCGAGGGUGGAUGACGUUGUGCGAUCUAUGUACCCUCCACUGGACCCCAUACUCCUGGAUGCCAGGGCCACCGCCCUCCUUCUGUCAGUCAGUCACCUGGUGCUGGUGACCCGCAACGCCUGUCACAUGUCUGGCAGCAUGGACUGGAUCGACCAAUCUCUGCACGCCGCUGAGGAUCACAUGGUGGUGCUGCGGGAGGCGGCGCUAGCGUCCGAACCGGAACGGAGUCUACCUGGAAUAGACGUGCAGAGAGAGCAGGCCAUCUAGAACACACAGACACACACGCAUACACUCCUUCUCUAUACAUUAUACACAUCUCGGGCACAUUCUCACACGUACACAAUGCUUGAUAAACACACAAUAAGAAAACUCAACACAUUCCCACUUUCCCGCUGCCGUUCUGUGCUGAUUUACAUACAGAUGGGUUGCCAGAUAAUAGAAUAGAGCUGGUUUUAGAAACCGACAGGUGCCAGAUCCUAUUUUCCUCUUGAUCCUUUCACUUUUAUCAUGUUUCUGGUUUUGUAUAUAGUUAUGUAUAACCAUAAUGCAUGUUAUGAUUAGGAUCUAUAUAGGUUUUAUGUUACACUCUCAGAUUCAUAUUGUCUUGUAAGUAAAGUGCAGAGCUCACUGAGAUGAGGCUUGUGUGUAGUUGUUGCCAUGGACGACUGGCCCCUUGAUAUUCAUUCCUGAGUGUCUUCCAUCUCCCAGUGGUGAGCUGUAAUCUGCCCCGUUAGGAGUGCACAGUUACACGGAAGCUUAAAUUUAGUCAACUAAUCUAUGUGGGGGGAAAACCCUGAACACCCAAUAGGACCAAAGGCAGGGGAAAUACAUGCACACCUACUCAGAGCAAUAUACGCUUACUUAAGAGCAAUACACGCUUACUCAGAGCAAUACACGCUUACUCAGAGCAAUACACGCUUACUCAGAGCAAUACACGCUUACUCAGAGCAAUACACACCUACUCAGAGCAAUACACGCCUACUCAGAGCAAUACACGCCUACUCAGAGCAAUACACGCUUACUCAGAGCAAUACACGCUUACUCAGAGCAAUACACGCUUACUCAGAGCAAUACACUUAGAGAAAUACACACCUACUCAGAGCAAUACACUCUUACUUAGAGAAAUACAGUCUUACUCAGAGAAAUAUACUCUUACUCAGAACAAUAUACUCUUACUCAGAACAAUAUACUCUUACUUAGAGAAAUACAGUCUUAGUCAUAAAUACACUCUUACUCAGAGCAAUACACUCUUACUUAGAGAAAUACAACUCAGAACAAAACGCUGCUACUUUUUUUUUUUUGAACCAGGAGUCAAGACAAGCCUCCGUACCAGCUGAAGGUGUUGGACGGCUUUAUGCAGGUCCCUGUUGCGUUUGUUGGGCGGAUGAACAAUUUAAUUGGCUGUUAUCGUAAAGGGAGGGUCAAAUGUGUGUGUAUGGGGGAAGGUUUCUUUGUGAGCCAUGUCAAAUGAGGUUGAGGUGAAUUGGCGUGCCUUGUGUUGACCGGUGGUGCGAUGUUAAACCCAAGAGCAGUAAUCACAGCAUAACCCAGCUUUACACACACACACUGUCCAGCCCUAACACAGCUCACAGAGCUGCAAACACUGCGCCACACACUCGAGCUUACGGAGCAACUGUAACAGAGCUCACACACUGCUAACCCUAAGGAGCAACUGUACACAGUGAUACACACACUUACGCAAAGAGAUAGUGUCGAUACUGUAAAUGCACACAAGACUUUAUGGGCAAAACUAUACGGUUAAACACACGGUCAAGCUUAGAGACAAAUCAGGUGUUUUUUUUCACAUGGUCUUUCUGAGAAGACAUGCCUUUUGUGCCUUGUUCCUUCUUAUAAUUCAAGCUCUGAAAUUCAGCCUAUGAGAAGUCUGCCAGUAUAACUGCAGCCUACAAUCAGAUAAGCAGAGCUCUGUGAUGGAACGAUAUUGAUUCAGAUGAAACAUGAAGAAAGUGGCCACUCCUUUAUUUUCCUGGUUUCCGUCAUUUAUUACAAUUGAUUUUUUUGUUGUUGUUGUAUGUAAGCAUGUUUUGUGAGGUUUCCUUACCCCUCCUCUUUUUCAACUUUCUCUUUAUAUCCUCCAUUGAUUUGUACAGGUAAAUUAAAGUUUCAUAGGAAAAUG